AUAAUAACAACCACAACAAAUCCUCAUAUUUUCUGGGAAAACAGAGGCUGUUGGUUUUUGUUCCUGGUUUCCCCGCAUUUUACUGUCUUACAGUUUCGUUUAACACACCGAAAACAUUAUCCUUCGGCUUUCCAAUCAAAGCGAUUUGUUAUCAGCCGGUAAGCCAAAAAUAACGCACACAGCCACACAACAGCCGCCACAUAAACUGUACGGAAACCGAUCGAAAUGGUGGCCAACGUUGCAAUUCCUUACGAUGCGAAACAACUGUCCAACGUGCGGGUCAAUCUGUCCAGCGUGGUCCGCUCAGUUGACCUGCUAACCUCGGCCCUUAUCAAGCGCGUCACCGAUGCCGAACUGCUGCAGUACACGCUCCGGGCGCUACAGCUCACCGACCUAACCACACUUGCCGGCGACGAUACGGAGUCGAACGUUGCGCGGCUCUGCUUCCGGGCGGCGUACCCCUUUUCCAACCUAGCUGCCCACGCCCGCAUGAAGGGUAAAGUGCACACGGCAGCGGUAUGCGUGUACCCGAGCCGCGUAGCCGAUGCGCACCGCGCACUGACGGCGCUGGGCAUGGUGGACCGUAUUCAAAUCGCUUCCGUUGCGACCGGCUUCCCGUCCGGUUCGUACCCGCUGGAGACACGCCUACAGGAGAUACGGUACGCCGUCGAGCAGGGAGCGACCGAGAUUGACAUUGUGAUCGACCGCAGCCUCGUGCUGACCGGUCGAUGGCAGGAGCUGUACGAUGAAAUAGUCGCCAUGCGUGAAGCGUGCGGCGAUAAGGUGCAUCUGAAGGCGAUCCUGGCGAUCGGCGAGUGUGGCACAAUGGUUAAUGUUUAUAAAGCCUCUAUGGUCGCUAUGAUGGCUGGAUCGGAUUUCAUCAAAACUUCCACCGGCAAGGAGGCAGUGAAUGCGACACUGCCAGUGGGACUGGUCAUGAUUCGUGCCAUACAGAAGUUUUACCGUCUUACGGGCAAAAAGAUUGGCCUGAAGCCGGCGGGUGGAGUGCGUACGGUGCGGGACGCCAUCGCUUGGAUGAUUAUGAUACGGGAAACGCUGGGCGAAGAGUGGCUCAAGCCGGAGCUGUUCCGUUUCGGCGCGUCCGGGCUGUUGGAUGAUGUCGAGAAGCAGUUUUACGCCGUCUCGAAGAGACUAAAGAGCGAAGAAUGAAGACCAGAGCAGUUUUUGUUGUUGCAAGAGUUGCAAAGAUAGGGAAAGCUAUCGCAAACAUUGCCAAACUACCUCCGCUAAUCCACUACAUACUACUUUAACGAAGAAAAAAAUACAUCCUGUUGUUCUGUUUUGUAA